CUCCUGUUUUACUAGCUGGCUACAAAAAUCCCAUUUCUCGGAAAUUGCUUAUGGAUUUAGUUGCAUUGGCCUAGAUUUGAGGAAAAUGUUAACGAUUUAGGUCUUUCACAAAAUAAAAUAUAAAUGCAGCUAAUAAUAUUGCGCCCAAUAUAUCGAUAAGCUUAUAUUGUUUCAUAGCGAACACGUUUGUUUAUUGCGUGACUGUAGAAACGUGAGUUGGAGCUCUAUUUGAAUCUUAAUUUGUAGUGUAAUGGUUACAACAAACCAUGAGGUGCAGGCCGGCGCUGCGACAGCUGCCGUGGCAUCACUCCCACAGAAACGCUACUACCGGCAACGUGCCCACUCCAAUCCCAUAGCGGAUCACAGUUUCAACUAUCCUGCUCGUCCCGAGGACGUUGAUUGGCGUGCCCUGUAUCCGAGAAUAAGUCUAGGCCAGGAGGUACAGUUCGCUGAUAUUGGCUGCGGUUAUGGGGGCUUUCUCGUCACCCUGGGAGAGAUGUUUCCCGAGAAGUUUUCUAUCGGCAUGGAGAUACGAGUCAAAGUGUCCGAUUAUGUGAUAGACCGCAUCAGUGCACUCAGGCUGAGGCAUGAGGGUGCCUUCCAGAACAUUGCAUGUCUUCGAACGAAUGCUAUGAAAUAUCUGCCCAAUUAUUUUAGAAAGGGUCAACUGGAAAAGAUGUUCUUCCUAUAUCCUGAUCCACAUUUUAAACGCUGCAAGCACAAGUGGCGCAUUAUCAAUCAAGCACUGCUCUCUGAAUAUGCAUAUGUCUUGCGUAGUGGGGGUCUAGUGUACACGAUGACGGAUGUAGAAGAUCUGCACAAAUGGAUUGUCACACAUAUGACUGAACAUCCGCUCUAUGAACGCCUCGGCGAUGAUGAAGCUGCUCAGGAUCCAAUUACACCCAAAUUGUACCAAAGCAGUGAAGAGGGUGCAAAAGUUGUACGCAAUAAGGGUGAACAUUUUUUGGCAAUAUUUCGGCGUAUUUAAUUGCAUAUAUGUUCUUUUUAUGUUUAAAAUAUAACAAGAAUAAUUUAAGUUGUAUAAAAGGUUCA